GGAUCCAAGAGAUGAAACUUUGGCCAAGGUCAAAUUUUUCUAAAACUGCAAAAAGGUAGUUCCACUCUAUACGAUCAAAUGCUUUCUGUGCAUCGAGGGAAAUAACGUAUUCAGGAAUCCCAGUUGGAGGGUUGGAUACGGUCGGUACGUGCACAGAAGGACAUUACAUUUUUGCAUAUUAAUGAUGGGAGUUCACUGCAAAGUCUUCAGAUAGUGGCACCUCCAGAUUUAGAUAUCAGCUGCCACUUUCCUUGCUUCUGCACUCCUGAAGUCUAGUUCAGUUGGAACCUCCUGAGUUCUCUGGAUUUAAUGUUGGAACUCUUGCUCUACACACAAGGUAACCUUUGGCAGCGCAAUUGAAGUUUGUGGAAAACUGGUACAGAGUCUGCACAGGAAGCAGAGUAUAGAACUUCUAGCAAGUAAUGUCAGAUUGAUUGGAUCAUGUAAUCCUGUGCUAGGAGGCGGUGUUGCUUAAAUGGAAGGAUGUUGCUCCGCCUACUCACACUCAAUGGAUUUGCCAUUCAAAAUCAAGCAAAGGCAUUCUUUUGAAUACAUAAGACAAAUUCCUCAUCUUCGUUGCAAAACAAAUGUUUUCAGUUCACUGCUCAGAAUACGAAGUGGGGCAUCUGCAGCUAUUCAUUCAUUUUUCAUGAAUAAUGGAUUUGUUCAGAUACACACACCUAUUAUAACAUCAAAUGAUUGUGAAGGAGCUGGAGAGCUGUUCCAAGUUGAACCUGCAAGCAAAACAACUGAAAAAUGUCAUCAGUCUCAUUUUUUUGGUGUUCCAUCCUUCUUAACUGUAUCUGGACAGCUGCAUUUGGAAGUAAUGACAGGGGCUUUUACACAAGUAUAUUCCUUUGGGCCAACAUUUCGAGCAGAAAAUUCCCAGACCAGAAGACAUUUAGCAGAGUUUUAUAUGGUAGAAGCUGAGCUUGCUUUCACUGAAAGCUUGAAAGACAUCAUGAAGGUGAUGGAGCAUCUCUUUAAGACCGUAACUUCUCAAAUUCUUUCCGAAUAUCCAGAAGAUGUUGAACUUUUCCACAAAUAUGUGGCUCCAGAACAAAAGGAACGAGUAGAACAGAUGCUCAAAAAUCCAUUCCAAGUGCUUUCCUAUACUGAAGCAAUUGACAUUUUGCAAAGAAGUGCAGAAAUCUUCAAAUUUGAACCCAAGUGGGGCUGUGACCUACAGACUGAGCACGAGAAUUAUUUGGUGGCACACUGUGGCAAUAUCCCUGUUUUUAUAAUUAAUUAUCCUUAUGACAUCAAGCCUUUUUAUGCCCGAGAUAAUCAGGAUAUCCCUCAACACACAGUGGCAGCAGUGGAUCUUCUGGUGCCUGGAAUAGGAGAACUGUGUGGUGGUAGUUUAAGGGAGGAGCGACUUGAUCUACUGCAAACACGGCUAAAGCAGCUUGAUCUUACAGACACUUACCGAUGGUAUGAGGAAAUCCGUCAGUUUGGAUCAGUGCCGCACGGUGGGUUCGGAUUGGGGUUCGAGCGUUAUUUGCAGUGCAUCUUGGGCAUUGAGAACAUUAAAGAUGUUAUUCCAUUUCCGAGAUUUUCUCACUCUUGCCUUUUAUAGUAAUAGGAGCACCUUACACUUAAGUUUUUCAUUUAAAUAGAUUUCAGAUUUGCUAAACAGUAUUGUUUUUAUGUGUAAAGAAUUUUGUUUCUUAAAUAUGUAUUUGUUUUCAUUCAGUAUUGAAUGUAAGUAAUCAUUGUAAACAAAUAUCAAAAUUACAACAAAAGUUUUAAAUGAAAUUAAAGUAAAAAUUCAAAAAUAUUUUGUGGAAACAAUUUGUUAAAAAUGUGGGUUAUGACCUUAAUUUUACCAAAGAGAAAAUGGCUGGAGUUGCCUAGCACUUCAGUGCAUAGGUGUUUAUUACGUGUGACAAAAUCAAAUUUACAAAAAUUAGUGAAAAUUGUGAAAAAAAUGCCAAUAUGUUUAAA